UCAUGUGACCAAGCAUUUCAGCCUUGCCAUCCUUGGAUGUCUUUGCUUUAAUUUCCCAGAUUUGCUAGCAUAAUUUCUUGUUCUGUAACCUAAUAAUACAGGAAUCCUUGUGGUUGUCCACACAUCCAGGUCUAAACUUCAAGAAAUCUGGCUCGGCCCCUGUUCCAGCCAGCACCAUAUGGCCUCAGCCUGGUCUGAAGAGGAGACCUUCGUCUGCUCAGUAUGCCUGGACACCCUGAGCGACCCGGCCACUCUACCUUGUGGACAUUCAUACUGCUUGGCUUGUAUCCAGAGCCACUGGGACAAGAGAGACAGCAAAGGUCAGUACAGCUGCCCCCAGUGUAGGCAGGUCUUCAGCCCUCGACCCUCACUGGCCAAGAGCACUGUGCUAGUGGAGGCUAUGGAGAAACUGAGAACCAACAGCCUCAAGCAAAGCUCCUCCACAGCUGCGUCAUCUGCUCCACCAUCCAUGCCCAUCUACCUGGAGGUCUUACCAGAUACAGGGCGGCAACAGGGCAGCGUGUACCCUCAGCUUCCCUCGUUGGAGCCCAGGCCCUGCCCUCAACACAAACGACCCCUGGACCUGUUCUGCCAAGAUGACAAGGAGUGUGUGUGUGAGGUGUGCUGCCAGCAUGGACACAAAGGACACCGUGUGCUCAAACCGCAGGAAGAGAGGAAGGAGAGACAGAAAGAGCUUGUUCAGAUGCAGGUAGAUUUACAGAAGAGAAUCCAGGAGACUGAAAAGAAGCUUAAUGAGCUCCCACACGUUGCUCGCCAACACAAGGCCUUGGUACAGGCUCUACAGCAAGAAAGCGCAGAUUUAUUCUCGGAGCUCGUCAAGAACGUGAAUCUAACGAGCAGCGAGGUUGGUCAGCUCCUCUGCACCCAUGAGAACUCCUUAGGCAGCCAGGUAGAGGGGCAGAUCCACAGAUUGGAGCAGGAGGUGGCGCAACUGCGCUGGAAGAGUGCAGAGCUGAGCAGGCUAGCCGACAUGCAGGACCACAUCUGCUUUUUGAAGAAUUUCCUUACCAUGGAGCCAUUGGGUCAGACAGGUGCCACAGGAGGGUCAAUACUGAGUCAGGAGGAAGCGAUGGUAGCGUCAAUCCGCUCAGCCAUGAAGGAACUACAGGAGUCAGUACAGGACCUCUGCAAAGCCAGCCUGGCCAAGAUCGUCGCAUUAAUGAAUCAUGACCCCAUGGCUCGAACACCCAGUGGUGCAGCAGGCGCUGCAGCAGCUAGUAACAGUGACCAGGCCACCUCUCAAAACACAGUGUAUGAGAUGAUGACAGACCCUCCACCUUUGCCACCUCCACGACUUCAAGCUUCUUCCAAAUCUCCAACUCUACAUCCUGCAUGUUGUCAAGCUUCAGCCCCUCCUCCACCCCUCCCCCCUCCCCGACCUCAAGCACCUCCUGUACCAACAAUGGGACCUGUUCAUCCAGAACCAAAGACAAGAGGAGAACUGCUGAAAUUUCGCUUCGAACCCACCAUGGAUCCCAACACGGUGUAUCGGCAUGUGCAGCUGUCAGAUGGAGAUCAUAAGGCCACGAUGCGGGCUGAGAACCUGAACCCACCAGACCAUCCUGAACGCUUCCACUUCUGGAGACAGGUUCUCUGCAGAGAGCCCCUGGCAGGGAGCCCUUACUACUGGGAGGUGGAGUGGACUGGCCAGAAGAUCACCGUCGGCGUGGCCUACAAGGAGAUGGAACGAAAAGGUUCUGAUGACAAAAGCCGUCUGGGACACAAUGCUCUGUCCUGGAGCUUGUACUGGUCUGGCACUGGGUUCUCCUUCUGGCACGAUGGCCAGGAAAAGUUGCUGGGCUCACCUAAGGCCAGACGGAUUGGAAUCUAUCUGGACCAGCACGCAGGGAUUCUGGCCUUUUACCGCAUAACCCAUAACCAGGCUGAUCUCAUCCACCUGCACCGGAGCCAGUUCGAUGGCGCGCUGUACCCAGGGUUCAGGUUCUGGGCAGGAGUAGGUGCAACAGUGACUGUUUGCCAAUUGGAUUGAGUUGCACAUGAGUGAUGGGCUGUUGUUCUUUGAUAUAACCUGCUUUUCUGGUUUGAAGCAAGUGAUACUUUUUUUAAUAAGGGCAUCGCUCUGGAGCUCCUUCUACCAAGGAAACAUAAUUGUUCAGGAAUGUUUGGUUUUCAUAAUCGUCUUUUUUCACCAGCCUUCAUUGAUGUGAUGUAAAUUUUCUAAAAAUGAUUUGUAACUUAAUAAAAGAGCAGUAAACACA